CUGGCCAUGUCUCGCGCGCUCGCCCUCGCGGCCCUCCUGCUGCUCGCCGCCCUCGCCGCGGCGCCGCUCGCCUCCGCGGACAGCAGCGCGGAGUCCGUCCCCUUCGCCAAGGAGGUCGCCAGCGGCGCCGAGGCGGCCAAGAACGCCGGCACGCAGGCCGCCUCCGCGGUCGCCGGGGGCGCCACCCCGCCAGUGGACCCCGACCCGUCCAGCGCCAUCAAGGCCGACCCCGCGCCCGCCAGGCGCUGAACCGUGGACCGAUCUUCGUUCGAUUACUUCCUUUUUUUUUUCCAAGAUGAUGAGUUUGUGAUCCGUGGGUGCUAGUGUCGCGCAUGCGUGUCGGUUAAUAUUUUUAGUGCUGCGUUUAUUAGUUGAUUGAUCUUUUUCAUCGGUGAUUUUGCAAGUGUGGAUGUGCCACGCAGACCUGACCGGCAUUUCCCGGUCGGGUGCUUGUGUUCUUCUGACGUGAAAUAAACUGGAUUCAGACGGAAAACUUGUCGUUUCAUUCCACGUUUCAGAUCGAUCUUUUGGCGUUUUAUACAUUUCAGACCGAUGUGUACAAUGGUCCAUUGAUAUAAGACCAAUUAUAGCAAAGUUGUCAUAUUCACAGCCUUUAUAAUGUAUAUAUACAAUGCGUUUCACAACAUUUUGGAGGUUGCGGAGUCUAUGCGAAUAUAGAGUCGGCGUAAUGCAACAUUCAUAUAUUUUUCUUUGUUUUUUUGCUUUCUACACUAUUGCAAUAAUUCAGGUCAAACAGUGCAAUAAUUCAACAAAUAUUAUUAACAAACGCUGAUAGGAAAUACAACAAAGAAUCCAAUUAAAUAAACUGUUCAAGUAAAAGUAAAUAAAUUCUAAAGAAAUUUAAACACGUUGUCUUUGAGGUAGCCGUCAGUGAUGGACAAUAAGAUUCUCCUUCAGUUGAUGAUGGAUGACCCGGUCUUCAAUCUAUCGGUAUGCCUAAAAAUGCUUGAGACGGUUUGUGUGCCUGAAGAUUGUGCCAAGAUUUCCAUAGUCAGCGGAGAUAGCCAUAUCUCUCUUCUUCAAUGAUCAUGUUGUUUAGAAUCACACGCAUACGAUGGUAUAUGUCAAGACAUCCUUGUUCCAUAAACGAGCAGACCUAAAAAUUGAAAACCUUGCUUGCAACAAUCCAAACGCCUCUCUAUGUCCAUCGUGUGAUCUUCUUGCACCUUGG